CCACAGCCCUCUUGGUUUGGGACCUGGAGGGUCUAAAAAAAAUCUUCUCCUCUCCGGACCCUACCUCCUGCUCAACCAUCUUUUGGGACAAUUCACCUUGCAAUAAUUUACUUCUCCCCCCCAAAUACAGUGGAAUAUUUCUACUUGCCCUCAGGGUGUCCCCGUUGGUAAAGUGAGAGAAGAUGCAGCACAGGGUCUUACUGCUCUGUGCCCUUCUGGGUUUACUGCUUAUAGGACUCCCCCCAAACCUCAAAGCUCAGGAUGCCUUGGCUGUUGGACAAAGAGACAUAAUUUUCCUCCUUGACACCACUAUGGGUGCCACCCUGCUCAACGCCGCCCGUGACUUCAUUCGGCGUUUUGUCAGCUCCAUGCCCAUUGGUCCAGACCAAGUCCAGGUCGGUAUUGCCCAAUUCAGCACUAACACCCAAAUCGAGAUGGACUUGAACACCCAUGGGUCCCGGGACGCUUUGGUGGCUGCACUGGGACGUUUAAGAACGAGACCUGGCCAAACUGUCAACAUUGGAGCAGCGUUGGAUUUUGUGAGGACAAACAUGAUUAGACCAGACAAAGGCAGUCGUCUUCGCCAAGGGGUGCCCCAACUUGUUCUGCUCAUGACCACAAAAAGAUCCAGUGAUAGUGUGGAUGAGGCAGCCAGAGCACUCCAGCAAAUGGGGGUUUUAACUCUGGCAGCUGGGUCAAAAGCAGCCGAUGAAGAGGAGCUGAAGAGAAUUGCUUUCACUGACAGUGUUGCGUUUAUGCUGAGGGAUUUCCGUGUCCUGUUGAGAAAUCCAAGAAUCAUUGUGAAUGUUCUUUCAUCUCUGUCUGGGACUGUUUUGACAGAGGGAACCACAGAGACAAUUGUGGAAAUAACAACAGUGGAGACACGAAAAGUUGUCAGAGACUUUGUAUUCCUGGUGGAUGGCUCUAAUUAUGUUGGUGCCACUAACUUUCCUUACGUGCGGGACCUUAUCAUCAACAUAGUAAACCAGCUGGAUGUCCGUCCUGAUAGAGUGCAAAUUGGCCUCCUCCAAUAUGCAGAGGACCCUAAGAUUGAAUUCUACCUGAACAGCUACAGCAGCAGGGAGGAUGUGGUGAAUAAAACCAACCAACUGUCACUGCUUGGAGGGUCUGUCCUUAACACUGGAAAAGCCUUGGACUAUGCUUUCAAAAACAUGUUCAAACCAUCUACAGGGUCACGAAGGAGACAGGGCGUCCAACAAGUCUUGGUACUCAUCACGGGUGGACCAACACAGGAUUCAGUUAAAACUGUGGCUGAUCAGAUGGCUCUAGCGGGAGUGCUUACCUUCACUGUUGGUUCAGGGCAAGCUGAUGUCAGUAUGUUGAACAGCGUGGCCUUUGUUCCAGACCUGGCCUAUCACGAGACCUACUUCUCAAAUUUACCAGCCCUGUCAGAGCAAAUGCUCCCUAAACUGACAAUAGUGGUUGGGGACACUAGUACAGUUACAACAUUCCCUGGAGAAAUUGCCUUGGCUGUUGGACAAAGAGACAUAAUUUUCCUCCUUGACACCACUAUGGGUGCCACCCUGCUCAACGCCACCCGUGACUUCAUUCGGCGUUUUGUCAGCUCCAUGCCCAUUGGUCCAGACCAAGUCCAGGUCGGUAUCGCCCAAUUCAGCACCAACACCCGAAUCGAGAUGGACUUGAACACCCAUGGGUCCCGGGACGCUUUGGUGGCUGCACUGGGACGUUUAAGAACGAGACCUGGCCAAACCGUCAACAUAGGAGCAGCGUUGGAUUUUGUGAGGACAAACAUGAUUAGACCAGACAAAGGCAGUCGUCUUCGCCAAGGGGUGCCCCAACUUGUUCUGCUCAUGACCACAAAAAGAUCCAGUGAUAGUGUGGAUGAGGCAGCCAGAGCACUCCAGCAAAUGGGGGUUUUAACUCUGGCAGCUGGGUCAAAAGCAGCCGAUGAAGAGGAGCUGAAGAGAAUUGCUUUCACUGACAGUGUUGCGUUUAUGCUGAGGGAUUUCCGUGUCCUGUUGAGAAAUCCAAGAAUCAUUACGGAUACUCUUUCGUCUCUGUCUGGGACUGUUGUGACAGAGGGACCCACAGAGACAAUUGUGGAAAUAACAACAGUGGAGACACGAAAAGUUGUCAGAGACUUUGUAUUCCUGGUGGAUGGCUCUAAUUAUGUUGGUGCCACUAACUUUCCUUACGUGCGGGACCUUAUCAUCAACAUAGUAAACCAGCUGGAUGUCCGUCCUGAUAGAGUGCAAAUUGGCCUCCUCCAAUAUGCAGAGGACCCUAAGAUUGAAUUCUACCUGAACAGCUACAGCAGCAGGGAGGAUGUGGUGAAUAAAAUCAACCAACUCUCGCUGCUUGGAGGGUCUGUCCUUAACACUGGAAAAGCCUUGGACUAUGCCCUCAAAAACAUGUUUAAACCAUCUACAGGGUCACGAAGGAGACAGGGCGUCCAACAAGUCUUGGUACUCAUCACGGGUGGACCAACACAGGAUUCAGUUAAAACUGUGGCUGAUCAGAUGGCUCUAGCGGGAGUGCUUACCUUCACUGUUGGUUCAGGGCAAGCUGAUGUCAGUAUGUUGAACAGCGUGGCCUUUGUUCCAGACCUGGCCUAUCACGAGACCUACUUCUCAAAUUUACCAGCCCUGUCAGAGCAAAUGCUGACUAAACUGACAACAGUGGUUGGGGACACUAGUACAAUUACAACAUUCCCUGGAGAAAUUGAGGGAAGAGAUGUUGCCUUCCUUAUUGAUGGCACAGACAGUGUGCGGGCAGAUUUCCCAUACAUCCAGGAUUUUAUCAUUAAAGUCAUUGAGCCACUUGAAGUAAGCGCUGACAAAGUUCGAAUUGCCGUUGUCCAACACAGCGAAAAGCCACAAGCCACCUUUUACCUAAACACUUACCAGACCAAAGAUGAAGUGGUACGAGCCAUCAAUAACAUGAGAGUGGUUGGUGGUCGCAGUCUCAACACUGGCUCUGCUUUGGCAUUCAUGAAGAAUACUGUGCUGUCUGAAAGGCAGGGAAGCAGAGCUGCACAGGGCGUACCACAAUUCCUCAUUGUACUGUCCGCGAGCAGGUCUAGAGACAGUGUGAAGGAGUCUGCGGGGGCACUAAAGACUGAUGGAGUGGUGCCUUUUGGGGUCGGAGUAAAGGACGCAGACCCAAGGCAGAUGGAGGCCAUAUCUCACAACCCUUCGUUCGCCUUCAAAGUGAAGGACUUUAGCGAGCUCAACACGGUGCCUGGAAGACUCAACACCUAUGUGAACUUGCCCAAAGAGGAGCUGCAAGUCGUGCUACAGCAAGUUCAUACUAGCGAUGCUGUUAAAAAAGAUAUUGUGUUCCUACUGGAAGGCUCUGAUAACACAAGAAAUGGCUUCCCACAAAUACAGCAGUUUGUCAAAAGCAUAGUGGAACGCUUGUCUAUUGAUGACGGCAAGGACAGAGUUGCUGUGGUCCAAUAUGCUGAUACACCCACGGUAGAGUUCCACCUGUCUACAUACAAAGAUAAAAGUAAUUUGAUGGGUGCCAUUGACAAACUAAGGCACAAAGGUGGAACAGAUGUUAAUAGCGGUGCGGCCAUGCGUUUCACACGACUUAUGGUUUUCACUUCCUCAUGGGGUAGUAGGCGACUUGAAGGUGUGCCCCAGAUUUUGGUUGUUCUGACUAGUCAACCAUCUGAUGAUAAUAUCAAAACUCCGGCGUUUGCACUAAAAGAACAUGAGAUUAUGGCUGUGGGUGUCGGAGUGGGAGAUGCAGAUCGGCCUGAACUGGAAGUCAUUGCAUUUAAACCCAAUAUGGUUUACAUGGUGAAUGACUAUGGCAUGCUGAGUCAAAUCCAGUCACACGUUAUCCCCACUCUAGACUUGAAAAAAGACACCAAGGAAGCAUUGAAUGGGAUCUCUGACUUAGUAGUUGACACAGGAGGUGAUAGGAGAGACAUAGUAUUUUUGGUUGAUGGUUCGGAUGACUCCAGAAAUGGCCUCCCAGCAAUUCGUGAAUUCAUCCGACGAAUGGUAGAGGAUAUAGAGGAUGAAGUGAUCCGUGUGGCUGUUGUACAAUACAGCGAUGACACCAAAGCUUGCUUCAAUUUGAACUCUCACAAAACCAAAAGUGCCAUUGUCUAUGCUGUUAGAGUUGAAUUAGAGUCUGCUCAAAGAGACAUUGUAUUUUUGUUGGAUGGCUCUGAUGAAACUCUGGGCAUGUUCCCAAUGAUGCAACAUUUUGUUCAAAGUAUGGUAGAGUCACUCAAUGUCGGUGAGAAUACCGACCGUGUGUCUGUGGUACAAUACAGUGACCAACCAGAAACCGAAAUCAAUUUGAAUACCUACUUUGACAAACAGGAUGUUCUUGAGGCUGUCCAAAACAUGAUCCAUAUGGGAGGUGAAGGGAGAAGCACAGGGGCUGCUCUGGAAUAUGUGAAAAAAGAUGUCUUUACCUCAACAAUGGGAAGUAGAAAUCAAGAUGGUGUCCCACAAAUACUGGUAUUGUUGACUGGGGGUAAAUCCAGUGAUGAUGUGACCAAUGCUGCUGCUGCUCUAAAGCAAGAGAGAGUCAUGCCAUUUUGUGUGGGCACCAGAAAUGCUGAUAUACUGGAGCUGCAGAAUAUUGCACAUAUACCAUCAUAUACCUUCACUGUGCCUCAAUUUGACACUGGCAGCACCCCCCAACAACUGGUGUCUUUGAUUAAAAAAGUCCCACGGCAGCCAAGGCAAAUUCCAGAGACUGUAAUAAGAUCAGGUUCUCCAGAUUUUCUGCUUCAGUCGAUGCAGCGUGAUUUUGUAUUCUUACUGGACACUUCAGAUGAAACACUCACUGAAUUUGACUCAAUGAUUGGCUUUGUUAAGACCAUUAUCCAGAGUGUGAAUGUGCAGAGGAACAAUGAUCGUGUUGCAUUGGUUCAGUACAGCGCUGAGCCUUCAGUCAAUUUUUACCUGAACUCUUACCAAACUUAUGAAACUGUGACAGAGGCUUUGCAUAAUGUACGACACAAAGGUGGCAGAGCACGCAACACUGGCAAAGCAAUUCAGUUUGUUAAAGAUAAUGUAUUCACUUCCUCAUCUGGGAGCAGACAUCAAAUGGCUGUUCCUCAAGUUUUGGUGCUUAUAACUGGUGGAAGAUCCAGUGAUGAUUUCAGAAAUGCAGUUGCAAGUUUGAAAGCUAUGGGAGUGAUUGUAUUCGUGUUGGGAACAAAGAAAGCAGAUGUGCUGGAGAUGCAGUCUGUUUCUCAUAAGCCGGAAUAUGCAUUGAUUGCCACAGAUCCAAGAGAGCUUUCAGGUAUUGAGCAGCUCAUAAAGUCCGCUACACAAAAGGUUGAAGCUUCUGCCAUAAGACCACCUUCAAUUGAUAUUACAGAUAACAUAAAAAGAGAUGUUUUGUUUCUUCUGGAUGGUUCUGAUGAUUCUCGUGCAAUGUUUGAAGACAUAAAAGACUUUGUGAAAUACAUAUUGCCAGAACUUAACAUUGGUCCAAAUGAAGACAGGGUAGCAGUGGUUCAGUUCAGUAAUACAACGCAAACUGAGUUUGACUUUAACAAGUACUCCACAUCGGAUGAUAUUGGUAAAGCAGUGACAGCCCUAAAACACAAAAGGGGCUAUCCUCAUUAUAUUGGACAGGCACUCCAGCAUGUAAAGGACAAUAUGCUUACAACUGGAUCAGGAAGUAGAAUUGAUGAAGGUGUUCCACAGAUACUUAUACUAAUAUAUGGAGGAAGAUCCCAAGAUGACAUUCGGACACCAGCUAAAAUGCUCAAAGAAACUGGUGUGAUUUCAAUUGCAAUCGGGACCUCUGAUGCAGACACCAUUGAGCUGCAAACAAUAGCUCAUGAGCCUAAAUAUGCACUGUCUAUUGAUGACUAUGAGGAGAUUAUUAGCAUCAGACAACAGGUAUUGUCUUUGAUGAAUGCGCACAGUGUCCAACCAAUUGCUCCAACGAAAGUCAUAGGUAAGAUUGAUGUAGUAUUUCUUAUUGAUGGAUCAUAUGACUCAAGAAAUGGCUUUGAACAGUUAAGAAACUUCAUUAAAACCACGGUUGAGACCAUGAACAUAGACGAUAACCAAGAUCAAGUUGCUGUUGUUCAGUAUCAUCGUGAUCCUACUGCCAAUUUCUAUUUGAAUUCAUACUCAAGUAAAAAUGAUGUGCUGAGCUCUGUCAGAACAAUGAGGCACAAACUCGGAAGGCCACUGAAUCUUGGCAAAGCACUGGAGUUUGUGAGAAGUAAUGUUUUUGCCGCAGAGGUUGGAGGAAGACGUGAUCAAAUGGUGCCUCAGUACCUUUAUGUGUUCAGCGGUGGCAGGUCUAGUGAUGAUGUGAGAGGAGCUGCCCAGUCACUCCGAGAUAAUGGCAUUAAGACUGUAAGCAUUGGAACAAGCAAUGCUGAUACUCUGGAAAUGCAAACAGUGGCCCAUACACCAGCACAUUAUAUUUCUGUGUCAAAUUUUAACAACUUGCAAAACCUUAACCAAAGGAUUGAGGCUGUUCUGAGUGGCAUUCCAGAAUCAACUGAGUUUCCACCUGUAGUUGGUUCUAGGUCCAUUAUGAAAAGAGAUGUUGUCUUUCUCAUUGAUGGAUCAGACGAUGUCAGAAAUAAAUUCUCUUCAAUGAGAGAUUUUGUGGCUAAAGUUGUCACCACAUUUGAGAUUGACGAUGGAAAAGAUAGGGUGGCUGUUGUUCAGUAUAGCAGCAAAGCUGAGCAAAGUUUCAGCCUGAAUACUUAUACCACAAGGGAGGAGGUCUUAAGGAACAUUGCAAACCUAAAACCAAAAGGUGGACGGCCACAAUAUAUUGGGGCAGCAUUGCAGCAUGUAAUUGAUAAGGUUUUUAUUUCAAAUGCUGGAAGUCGAAAAAAUGAAGGUGCCAAACAAAUUCUUAUCAUUUUGGCUGGUGGAAGGUCAAGAGAUUCCCCAAGAGGGCCAGCAACUGCUCUUAAAGCUGCAGGAGUAGAAAUGUAUGCUCUUGGAUCAAAAACGGCAAAUUCACAAGAAAUGCAAAUGAUUGCAUCCAAUCCAAACUACACAUAUUCAGUCCCUGAUUUUGUAAAUCUUCCUUUAGUGCAUCAAAGUUUAGUGGCCUACCUCUCUCAAUAUGAAGAAGUGGAAGAUGUUAAAAUAGAGUCGAGACAAACAUCAGGAAGAGAUGUUGUUUUCUUGUUGGAUGGAUCUGAUGGUACUAGAAAUGAAUUCCCGGCCAUGCAAAACUUUGUCCAGAGAAUGGUAGAGAGACUGAAUGUGGAUGAAAACAGAGAUCGUGUGUCAGUGGUUCAGUACAGCAGAGAUCCUGCUGUCCAGUUCUACCUGAACACUUACUCAACAAAAGGAGAAGUCCUUGGCACAAUCAGAGGUUUGAGGCACAAAGGUGGAAGACCCCUGAACACUGGUGCAGCACUUCAGUACUUGAAGGAUAACAUCUUCACGGCCUCUGCUGGAAGCAGGCGCCAAGAAGGAGUGCCACAAGUGUUGAUAUUGUUAAGCGGUGGCAGGUCUAAUGACAGUGUUGAUGCACCGGCGUCUGCUCUCAAACAAAUGGGUGUCUUGACAUUUACAAUUGGAACCAGAAACACAGACCCGAGAGAAAUGCAAAAGAUUUCACAUGAGCCGAGUAAGGCUGUCUCUGUGUCUGACUUCAGUGACCUCCCCAAUAUCCAGCAACAACUUGAGUCCUCUGUUGAGACUGUAAUUGUUGAGGCAGCCCCUGAAUCACCAACUGCACCUGUUGACAGUGCCAACAAGGAUAUAGUUUUCCUUCUGGAUGAUUCUGAUGCAACAAGAAAUGGCUUCCCUGCCAUGCGUGAUUUUGUGGAGAGAGUGGUGAAAACACUUAAUAUAGGUGAAAACACUGACCAUGUGUCUGUGGUCCAGUACAGCAGAGAUGCAGAGGUCAGUUUCUAUCUGAACACACAUGACACCAGAGAUGAUGUUUUGGGUGCAGUCAGAGGGCUGAGACACAGAGGAGGCAGACCCCUCAACACCGGGGCAGCCCUCCAAUACGUCAGGGACAAUGUCUUCACAAACUCUGCUGGCAGCAGGAGUCUGCAAGGUGUUCCACAGAUGUUGAUCCUUCUAAAUGGCGGAAGGUCUUUUGAUGAUGCGGAAACACCGGCCGCUGCUCUCAGAGACAAGGGCAUCAUUGUGUUUGGCAUUGGAGCAGGAAGGGCUGCCGGGGCAGAGAUGAAAAACAUAGCAUAUGACCCCAGUUAUGCUGUGUCUGUGUCUGACUUCUCUGACCUCCCCAAUGUCCAAGAGCAGCUCUCUUCUGUAAUGAGCACAACAGUAGUGCAGGUCACGACAAUUACACCAAAUGUAACCGUGGUGAGACAGCAAGCGGGAAGAGAUGUUGUUUUCUUAUUGGAUGGAUCUGAUGGUACUAGAAAUGAAUUCCCAGCCAUGCAAAACUUUGUCCAGAGAAUGGUAGAGAGACUGAAUGUGGAUGAAAACAGAGAUCGUGUGUCAGUGGUUCAGUACAGCAGAGAUCCUGCUGUCCAGUUCUACCUGAACACUUACUCAACAAAAGGAGAAGUCCUUGGCACAAUCAGAGGUUUGAGGCACAAAGGUGGAAGACCCCUGAACACUGGUGCAGCACUUCAGUACUUGAAGGAUAACAUCUUCACGGCCUCUGCUGGAAGCAGGCGCCAAGAAGGAGUGCCACAAGUGUUGAUAUUGUUAAGCGGUGGCAGGUCUAAUGACAGUGUUGAUGCACCGGCGUCUGCUCUCAAACAAAUGGGUGUCUUGACAUUUACAAUUGGAACCAGAAACACAGACCCGAGAGAAAUGCAAAAGAUUUCACAUGAGCCGAGUAAGGCUGUCUCUGUGUCUGACUUCAGUGACCUCCCCAAUAUCCAGCAACAACUUGAGUCCUCUGUUGAGACUGUAAUUGUUGAGGCAGCCCCUGAAUCACCAACUGCACCUGUUGACAGUGCCAACAAGGAUAUAGUUUUCCUUCUGGAUGAUUCUGAUGCAACAAGAAAUGGCUUCCCUGCCAUGCGUGAUUUUGUGGAGAGAGUGGUGAAAACACUUAAUAUAGGUGAAAACACUGACCAUGUGUCUGUGGUCCAGUACAGCAGAGAUGCAGAGGUCAGUUUCUAUCUGAACACACAUGACACCAGAGAUGAUGUUUUGGGUGCAGUCAGAGGGCUGAGACACAGAGGAGGCAGACCCCUCAACACCGGGGCAGCCCUCCAAUACGUCAGGGACAAUGUCUUCACAAACUCUGCUGGCAGCAGGAGUCUGCAAGGUGUUCCACAGAUGUUGAUCCUUCUAAAUGGCGGAAGGUCUUUUGAUGAUGCGGAAACACCGGCCGCUGCUCUCAGAGACAAGGGCAUCAUUGUGUUUGGCAUUGGAGCAGGAAGGGCUGCCGGGGCAGAGAUGAAAAACAUAGCAUAUGACCCCAGUUAUGCUGUGUCUGUGUCUGAUUUCUCUGACCUCCCCAAUGUCCAAGAGCAGCUCUCUUCUGUAAUGAGCACAACAGUAGUGCAGGUCACGACAAUUACACCAAAUGUAACCGUGGUGAGACAGCAAGCGGGAAGAGAUGUUGUUUUCUUAUUGGAUGGAUCUGAUGGUACUAGAAAUGAAUUCCCGGCCAUGCAAAACUUUGUCCAGAGAAUGGUAGAGAGACUGAAUGUGGAUGAAAACAGAGAUCGUGUGUCAGUGGUUCAGUACAGCAGAGAUCCUGCUGUCCAGUUCUACCUGAACACUUACUCAACAAAAGGAGAAGUCCUUGGCACAAUCAGAGGUUUGAGGCACAAAGGUGGAAGACCCCUGAACACUGGUGCAGCACUUCAGUACUUGAAGGAUAACAUCUUCACGGCCUCUGCUGGAAGCAGGCGCCAAGAAGGAGUGCCACAAGUGUUGAUAUUGUUAAGCGGUGGCAGGUCUAAUGACAGUGUUGAUGCACCGGCGUCUGCUCUCAAACAAAUGGGUGUCUUGACAUUUACAAUUGGAACCAGAAACACAGACCCGAGAGAAAUGCAAAAGAUUUCACAUGAGCCGAGUAAGGCUGUCUCUGUGUCUGACUUCAGUGACCUCCCCAAUAUCCAGCAACAACUUGAGUCCUCUGUUGAGACUGUAAUUGUUGAGGCAGCCCCUGAAUCACCAACUGCACCUGGUACGUUAGACUCUGACUGA